AAGAAAAGGGCCACCUAGAACUUCAGUAUGAAGAACUUCUUGCAGAACUGGGGUCUGUGGAAAAACUGAAAGCAGAAGAACUUCUGACGGCCCCAAGAUUUGAAGAGCAGCCGAAGGAGCAAACGGAAGAUAUUCCUGAAAAAUUAACGGAAAUAGAUGGAGCAUCACACCGACCUUUGAGACAAGAAGUGGCUGAAAAGAAGGCAGAUGACAUGACGACCGAAGAAAAGGUUGGACACAUCCCAGAAGAAUAUGAAACUAGGUCAACACAAGAGGUGUUAGAAAACAGAGUGGAUCAAGAUGACAUAAAUGUUGUGAUAAAUGAGUUGGAUGAGCAACCAGGCCAGGUAAGUCCUAGUUUAACCCUUCAGGAAGCCUCACUAGGAAUUGCUGCAGAUGAAGAUUUAAGUCCCAACGUCUUGGAUGACAAAGACGAAGACCAGUUGGAACAAGACAGAGCAGCUGAGAAGGAGAAUGAUGAUAUACAAGCUGAAGGUGACAAGGGCAAAGACCAAUUGGAACAAGACAGAGCAGCUGAGAAGGAGAAUGAUGUACAAGCUGAAGGUGACAAAGGUGAAGACCAGUUGGAACAAGACAGAGCAGCUGAGAAGGAGAAUGAUGUACAAGCUGAAGGUGACAAAGGCAAAGACCAAUUGGAACAAGACAGAGCAGCUGAGAAGGAGAAUGAUGUACAAGCUGAAGGUGACAAAGGUGAAGACCAGUUGGAACAAGGCAGAGCAGCUGAGAAGGAGAAUGAUGUACAAGCUGAAGGUGACAAAGGCGAAGACCAGUUGGAACAAGACAGAGCAGUUGAGAAGGAGAAUGAUGUACAAGCUGAAGGUGACACUCAAGCUGACAUAGACAGAUCUAUUCAGGAUGGGAAUUCAGAGUAAUUCUACAAUUCAUGUAUACUUGGAAGGAAAUCCUGUUGCUUUCAAAAGAAGGUAAUCUAAAAAGGAUGGUUUUUGAGGGUGUGAUACUGACAGUUUUCCAGCAUAGCUGCACUAGGAUGUUAUAUGGAGAAGAUUGAUCAUUAGACGGUAACCAGUCAUGGGAAAGUAUGUGUACGACGCGACUCUUCAAAACCUGGUGUGUUCCUGUAAUUUUUUGUUUUUAUGAUUUUAUCUGUUGGAAGGAAUGAUAUCUAUCUACAACUGGAAAUCCUGUUAUACAACUGAUUGCAAGCAAAGCUCAAUAAGUAGUAAGAUUCUUGCAUCUUGUGGGUGAUUUGGGAAGGUAUUCUUCUCACGGCCAUGGUUGACACCGUUCAUGCAAGACAUUUUGUUAUGUGUGUAGAACCACCCUCAAUGCUAUAGAUGUGUGACACUGAUUUGGAGACACAUUAUAUCAACUUGUGGCUCUGUAUAUGAGACAUGUAUAUUCUACAUACGGGUCGCAUUCAGAUGUACAGGUGCAUAUAGUGUCUCCAAAACAUUAUCAACAUCUAUCUAUAUGUGUAUGUGUGUGUAAAAUAAGACAGGAUGCAAACUUAAUACCCUCACUCACACAAUCUGUGAUUAGGUGGCUAUGUUUGAACACAGUCCAUUUCAUUAUGGUUCAGUGCAAACCCAGAAAGUGAGUUAAUUCCUAAACCAGGUUAAGGGUGAAUGCAGUGACAUGCUUUCUAAAAAAAAAAUGUUGCCAGGUAAAGCAUUCAGUAGCAGACUUAUUCAAUCUUCCAAACCAAUUGUCAUUAAAAGUAGUAGCCUUCUACCUUCAUUCUCUGAAAGAAUAUUGCAGAUAAAUACUUCUUGAAAAUGGUACAUUUUGGAGGUCAAAAGACCGUUCUUAAAUGUACUGAACUUCAUAGAGAUGAGGAUUGAUUUGGAUUUGGAUUUUUAAGAGGUGUUAUUAGGAUAAGAUUUUGAAUUUAGUAUUGAAAUAUAG